AUGUUCUCCACCAAGGCAGUCGUCAGCGCUACUGCUGUCUUCUCCUUAAUCGCAGCAGCUUCGGCCGCCUCGCCGGCAAAUGUCGCCGUGUACUGGGGCUCGGGAGCUGGGCAAGAUCGGCUUUCGACAUUUUGUGAUGAAUCGUCCAUCGAUAUAAUUCCCAUUGGUUUCAUCACUAAUUUCCCAAAUGAAGGCAAUGGCUUCCCGGUACAGAACUUCGGGAAUGCAUGCUGGGGUGGCAGCGUUUACUAUGGACCAGGCCCCGACCAUAGCAAAGACCAACUGUGGACGCAAUGCCCUACCGUGCAGGAUGAUAUUCCGUACUGCCAAGCCAAAGGGAAGAAGGUCUUGCUCUCACUUGGAGGAGAUAAUCCGUCCUACCAACUUAAAGGAGCAGCUGCAGGUGUCGCUUUCGCAGAUUUCCUGUGGGGGGCAUAUGGGCCUUGGACCAAGGCAUGGGCAGAUGCUGGAGGCAUUCGUCCUUUGGAUCGCGGCUCUUCAAACACUUCUUCGGUCACCAUUGAUAUUGAUGGCUUUGAUUUUGAUAUCGAACACACAUCCGAUGGUAAAGUUCUCAUUAUAGGACGCGUGAUUGAUGCUAACAGUGCUUCAGAUAACCAAGUGGGUUUCAUUGCUUGUAUCACCAGACUUCGGCAACUUUUCAAAACCAACCCCAAGAAGCAGUACAUCAUUUCCGGAGCUCCUCAAUGUCCUCUCCCUGAAGCAAAUAUGGGCGCUAUGAUCGCUGCUGCUCAGUUCGACAUUUUGUGGAUUCAGUUCUACAACAAUCCCUCCUGCAGCGCACGUAGUUGGGCGAAUGCCAAUCCAAAUUACGCCACCACCAAGAAAGAAUCGUCCCUGAAAACCUUGAACUACAACAACUGGAAGACCGUAGUCCAGGCUGGUGCGAGCAAGAACGCUAAGAUCUACAUUGGUCUUCAAGGCGCUCCUCCAACUGGUGCCGAUUGCAAACCCCAAAACGCUGGCGACUACAUCAGUGCCGUAGAGGCUAACAACCUCAUCUCCGCUUAUAGGCAGGAUAGCCAGUUUGGAGGUGUUAUGCUGUGGGAAGCGACAACCUCGAGGAAUAAUGCUUGCAACUGUGCGAAACCUUACUAUCAAAUCAUCAAGGAGAGCUUGAACGGGCAAACGCCGCCUGCCAUAUGCUCCACAGUGACAUCCACGACCAGCAAGGCAUCUUCAACGUCGUCGACUUCAUCCACGACCAGCAAGGCAUCUUCAACGUCGUCGACUUCAUCCACGACUAGCUCGUCAACCUCCUCCACGACUAGCUCCUCGACCAGCUCCUCGACCUCCUCGACCAGCGCUUCGACCAGCUCCUCGACCAGCUCCUCGACCUCCUCGACUAGUUCCUCGACCAGCUCUUCGACCAGCUCCUCGACCUCCUCGACUAGUUCCUCGACCAGCUCNUCGACCAGCUCCUCGACCUCCUCGACUAGUUCCUCGACCAGCUCUUCGACCAGCUCCUCGACCUCCUCGACUAGUUCCUCGACCAGCUCCUCAACUUCCUCUGAGGCUACCAUCUCGUCGACUUCCUCAACUUCGUCCUCAGCGGGUCUAUCAAGCACUUCUGCCACAACGUCUUCCUCAACAUCCUCUGCUACCAGCUCAAGCACCUCCUCCGAGGCAAGUUCGAGCAGCACGGAAAGCAGUAGCACUCCAGGAGGCGGCGUCACUUCAUCCAGCAGCAGCUCCAUCCCCCCUGUCUCGAGCCCACCCACGUCUAGCUACCCGACAACUGCCCCGUACCAGAACACCACCAUAGCCCAACCAACUACCGUUGACUCGAGCUACGGGCCAUCCACCACCUCAACAGUAUACACGACUUCCGUGUAUACCGUGACAUCUUGCGCCCCCACAGUGACCGACUGCCCAGGCAGACUUGGAUCUGUAACAACGGAGGUCAUUGCCCUGUACACCACGGUGUGCCCCGUGACCAAGUCUACUCCUGCUCCUUCUCCGCCUCCCACCGUGUACACCACCUCAACUGUAUAUACUACCAAGGUUUACACAGUCACUGCCUGUGCUCCCUCCGUUACAGACUGCCCAGCCAAGAUAGGAAGCGUGACAACCGAGACCGUUGCGCUGUAUACAACAGUCUGCCCAGUCGGAUCGAUCCCAACAGGCGCUCCAGGCAACCCCGUCGGCAGCCUCAUAACCACAGUCAUCAAAGCAAGCACCAGCACAUACACUAGCACCGUGAUCGUCCCGGCAGCUCCAGCCACAUCCAUCGCAGUGGUAAUCCCCAUCCCAGCCUCACCUCCUUAUCCCCGGCCAGAAACCAACUCCAAGCCGGGUAAGCAACUUGGAACUGGAACCGCGGUGUCAUAUGCUCCAAGUUCUAGCUUGGUAAAGAUUGUCUCCACCCCUGCGGCUGUGGUACCUAUUACUCCUGUGGUGGCUGUCACCUCGCCUGUGGUCAAGCAGCCGACAAGCAGCAGCGCUGUGACAACCCCGAUCCAGCAAGCAUCUUCCGGCAGCAGGGUGGCCGGUUCGCUAGUGAUGGGUAGCGUGGCUAUUUUGGCGGUUUUUGGAUUCAUGUUGUAG